UUUCAUUAAAAAAAAAAACAAAUCUGAUACGUCCUAAUUUUAUUUUUAAAUACAAGACGAUAGUACUUUUUACUAGAUCAUUAAAUGUCUACUAAUAGAUACAGCAGCUCCCGAUUUAUUAAAAGCAUGUCCAGAUAUGGCUCUGAAGUCUAUUUUUGAAAUUAAUGAGACAAACAGUAAAAAAAAAGGAAAAAUCAAUACAGAUGUAAGCAAAACGGUUUUAUUAAACAAUAAUAAUAUAAUAAAUACUACAGAGGUAAAUAAACGAACAAUCUUAUCACAUCUCGGUGCAAUUGAAGUGCGAAGGCAGAAGAAGGUAAAAAAUCAAGACAAGAAAAAACUUAACGUAUAGUGAACGUAAAUAUUUCAUAGCUUCAUCGGCACCAAUGGCUACAUACUACAAUCAAUACCAGAUUCCACAAGCUUAUAACUUACCAGUUAUGGUUACCGAGUGGAGUCCUUUAGUAAGUACAGUGCAAGUUCGUAAUGUUUACACUUCACCUGUCCAACAUAUACCAGUUGCCAUUAUAACUCCACAAUUAAUAACGCCAAUAUGUCCGUACGCAGGAGCUUUGAUUACUGCAGACCCAAUAUUGAAUUCUAUAGUUCAAAAUGCAGUAGUACCAGAAACAAUACCGGCUUUAUGCACUUCAUUAUAUAGCCAGAUGUAUAAAACUGAAGUUGAUUAUGUACAAGAGUCAAUGAGCACAGUGGUUGAAGUUUUUAAUGAUCAAAAUAAGUAUUCUGGAAAAGAAUCAGCAUUACCUGAACAAAUAGCAGAGGAUGUUAUUAAUGAAUCAAAAGUAAUAGACCCUGUUGAGUUCUACUUAACGUUGCCUAAAGAACUAUUUCCAACAGCAAGGAUGCUUGCUAUUGAUCCAAAUACAAUUAUAGAUGAAUUUUGUAAAAUAACAACAAUAAAUGAAAAUGUAUCUUGGAUUUUAGAUUUAGAAUUUGGUGUACCAAGAAUACCUGUUACUCGAGCGAUAGCUGUGUACGAUGUAAAGUUUAACAGUAUCCAUUGCAAAAAUACACCGAGCGCAAUACACCCAGGAUUUGAGAAGUGCAAUAGUGAUUUUAAGAGAGUAAUACUAUUUUAUUACGACUGUAUUGUAUCAAAUUGGUAUAAAGGCUACAUUAUUCUUAAUUAUGAUAAGUCUGUUGAGAAUUUUCAAUCUUGGCUUUUAAUACCAAUGCAGAUUUUUGGCAUGUGUUGGCCUUGAAAAGCAUGAAUAUAAUUAAAGCUAUGCAAUUAUGCUCAUUUGUAAAUAUAGAUAUUUUUUAAUAUUAAAUAAUACUGCUUGAAAUAUUUUAAUAAAAUUGCUGAAUGCAAUGGGAUUUGUUUGAUUUAAAUUACUUAGUACUGG